AUGAUCACGGAAGCCUCAGUGCUGCAAGCCGUCUGGCUCACAUCGCACAACCGAAUGCCAGCCGCGCCGUCAAAGCCCUCGAGCGGCAGCUCGGGAUGCCACUCAUACACCGAAGGUCGACGGGGCGACUUUGACUCCGCAGGGGACCGUCAUCGUCCACUGGGCGCGCCGCGUCCUCGCCAACUCGAGGCAGCUUCCGACGUCGCCGAAGGGAUGCGGACCGAACGAUCCGCGGAAUUGACCGUGUGUGCCAGCAUGACCGUCGCCGAACAUCUGAUCCCGGCCUGGCUCGGCGUCUUUCGAUCACUGCAUCCUGGUGUCACCGUCCACCUUCAGGUCUACAACUCGACACGCGUACUCGAAGCCGUCGAAAGCCUGCCCAGCGUCACCGUCGCGCGUGACUCGCUGGUCGUGGUCGUUCAUCCGGAUCAUCCAUGGGCGCGUCGACGAAAGCCGCUGACCGUCGCCGAACUGGCAGCGACACCUCUGCUGGUGCGUGAGCCCGGAUCGGGAACCAGAACGACUCUCGACCUGGCGUUACACGAAUACGAGCGCGGUGCACCGUUGUUGGAACUGGGUAGUUCGGCCGCGAUUCGAACCAGCGUGCUCGGUGGCGUCGGCCCGGCGGUACUGAGCACGCUGGCCGUCGAGGACCAGGUGAAGCAGGGAGAACUUCGGGUCGUAGCCGUCGAAGGCUUGGAACUCGACCGAUCCCUGCGUGCAGUGUGGCGCCCGCCGCGUCAGCUCGAGGGCCCCGCAGGUGACCUGAUGAAG